AAUGCUAUAACAGCCACAAGUGUGAAAAACGGUCAUAAGUCACUUUUUUCAGUGCAUUGUAACUUUGAAAGAUCACUACGUGAACUUUUCUAAGUUGAGGACUACAUGUAUAGAAUGUUCUCUGGCAACUUCCCAGAAAUCAAUGGGGAUGCAAGCAGGAGGUGUGAACUCUUCUGAAGUCAUGACAGCACCGAAUGUCUCAGGAAUUUAAUUUAGCAAAGUUGUGGCUGGGGCCCAUUACUCCCCUGGGAUUGAAAUUUGACAAACUCAUUUCAUUCCCUUCCAACUUCCCAAAGGAAAGUAAUUGGGGAAGAAGUCACUCCUGCUCCUACUGCUUUUUUACUUGCCCAAGAUUCUUUUUCUCCAGGUGAGGAAAUAUCUCUGAAAGGAUUACCCAACGGGGAUUGUUUUGUGUAUUCAUAAAGUCACCAGGAACUGAAGCGAUUUUGCCUUUGUGCCAUGUCUCUGAAAUCGUGGGGAUGAUUCUUUCUGUAUUCUGGCUGUGUUCGCACCAUUCGUUCAGUCACAAAAUAUGUGUCAAUUCAGCGCAAACGGAGAUAGAAAAGCGAUGAUGGCUUCUACAUCUACAUUCCUAAAUGGCCAGUUCCAGCCUUUUGGGACUUGCGCCGCUGCCUUUACAGUUAGUGGCUCCGAAAAACAUCCUCUUUCCUACCUCAUAGGCAGACUUCUCUCACCCGGCGCCGGGUUGGGCUGACCUCACCGUUCCCAAGUGCAAGGCGACCAGUGUCGAGACUGGCCUGCAUUUGCCGGCAGCUCGCGCUGAGCCACGAUGACAUCAGCCAGUGCAACAAUAGCCGGAGCCCAGAGCCGGCCCCGAGAUGCUUUGAGACCCUUACCAGGUGGGUUUCUGCCGAGGAAGGACAGGCCUCUUGCAGCAGCGGAAGUUCCUGCGCCCGGGUCACGUGGGCGGGCAAAGAAGAGGCCGUGGCUACAGUUGUGCCAGCUGUUUGCCCGGGAGCGGUAGCUGCUUCUGCUGCUGCUCCCCAGGAAGUGGACGUGGAACUGGGAAGAGGUUCGAGCAUGGAAGGGUGGCUUCCAGAGCGUGGACGGUUGGCGGCGGGGCUGCUAGUAAACUUGGUGGCGUCUAUUUGCAUCGUCUUCCUGAACAAGUGGCUGUACGUGCGAAUGGGCUUCCCCAAUCUCAGCCUCACGCUGGUGCACUUCGCCGUCACCUGGCUGGGGCUAUAUGUGUGCCAGUCGCUGGGCGUCUUCGUCCCGAAAAGCCUGCGGCCGCGCCAAAUCCUCUCCCUAGCGCUCAGCUUCUGUGGCUUCGUGGUCUUCACCAACCUCUCUCUGCAGAACAAUACGGUCGGCACUUACCAGCUGGCCAAGGCCAUGACCACGCCGGUCAUCGUGCUCAUCCAGAGUGUGGCCUACGGCAAGACCUUUACCACCCGCAUCAAGCUCACUUUGAUUCCUAUCACUUUAGGUGUUUUUUUAAAUUCCUAUUAUGACAUGAAAUUUAGUUUUCUUGGGAUGAUAUUUGCUGCUCUUGGUGUUAUAGUGACAUCUCUUUAUCAAGUGUGGGUAGGAGCAAAGCAACAUGAACUACAGGUAAAUUCCAUGCAGCUACUAUACUAUCAAGCACCAAUGUCAUGUGGCAUGUUGCUGUGUGUUGUACCCUUCUUUGAACCAGUCUUUGGAGAAGGUGGAAUUUUUGGCCCCUGGACUCUCUCUGCUAUGUCUAUGGUGCUGGUCUCUGGAAUAAUAGCAUUUAUGGUGAACUUGUCUAUUUACUGGAUUAUUGGGAAUACUUCACCAGUGACAUACAACAUGUUUGGACACUUCAAAUUCUGCAUCACUCUCAUGGGAGGAUAUCUUUUAUUUAAGGAUUCUUUGUCAAUUAAUCAAGGCCUUGGAAUUACAUGCACAUUGUUUGGCAUUCUAGCUUACACACACUUCAAACUUAGUGAACAAGAUGGGAACAAAAGCAAGCUGGUUCAACGUCCGUGAAUUAAGUAUUUUUGUUGAUAACAAAUGAAUUACUUUAAAAUGCACUGAUUCCAAAAGCAAUGCACUGUCUAUGGAUGAAUCUAAAAUUGUCCAGCUCCCAGCAGAGUGGACCCUCCCGAGCAGAGCAGAUAUUCUCUCCCCUAUAGCUGCCAUGCACUGCCUCCUUCUACGCUGGCCAGUUGGAGUAUGGAUUGGAUUAUAUUGAGGGGUCACAGCAUUCAGUAGAAAGAAAAGCAUAGUAAAGAAGACUGGCAGAUAAUGAGUGUCUGCUAAUGUUGGCAUCUCCAGAUUUAUUUUCUCUCUCUCUCUCUCUCUCUUUCUAUGUGUGUGUGUACACAUACAUACUAUGCACAAUUUGUUUCUUUAAAGGGCUGUUUGGAAUUAACAGUGCAAUCUUUAAGCGAACUGUCCUAUUUAUACCAAAUGAACUCAUUCAGACAGAUACAGUGUUUUUUGCUAGAAAAUUAAUCAUGUCCUUAUGAUUAUGUCAGUAUUAAAAGAGACUGUUUGCUUUUUUGUGAUCAAAUGAACAUUGAAGUUCCUUGAUCUGGUAAAUAUUGAGAAACCAAAUUGUAUCUUUUCUGGAUUCUGGAUUUUUAAAUUUCCAUAUGGGAUUUUGUUUCUAAUAGUCACAUACAUUUUUAUAUUUUUCUGCAUAUUUUAAAACUUAAUGAAUAUUUAACUAUAAUUACAUUCACAGUUGAGCAAAUUACUGAUACUCCAAAAUUAUUAAGACCCGAGAAUUUUACAAGUUGUUAAGUUUAUAAGUAUUACCUAACUCAGUGCAGGCUGGCUCUUGUACUUCGAAAGUUUUUUCUUUUUACUUCAUUCAGGAUUCAGUAAUUUAUACAAGAGGUUUCUUUUCUAAUUAUUUUGGCCAGUGCAGAUGUAGUGUUACUCGCAACUUGAUUUGUAAACUUUCUUGGAACUUGUAUAUAUUUUUUGUUAAGUUUUAAACACAUUUAAGACAGAACUUCCAAAGCAUUAUGGGGAUUUUUUUUUAAAUCAACAUCAUCCCCUUCUUUCAAAUACUAGUUAAGGAUAAAUGCUUACUGAAUAUUAACUUGGUGAUGUAAAAAUAGCCAUGUUUAAACCAAGAUAGGGUAUUAGUGAGAAAUGCUAUCAUCUCAUCCAAAUGUUUCCUUAUGUUUUAAAUUGUAGUUCUAAUAUUGACUUGAAAUUAUGGGUUAGUUCAACUUAGUUGGAUUAUGAUUAGCUAUGGAUGGCUGGACUAGUUUGUCAUGUCACCAUGCUCCAGAUUCUAUGCUAUCAGCUCUAUAUAGAGGUAGCUCUGAACUCCAGACUGUAAUAGAGACUGGUUAUUAUGGUUGGAAGUCAUAAUGGCAGUUAAGGGAAGAGGCUUCCUUAACAACCCUUUCGCCCCUGCUUUCCCUGAUGUGGUUGUUCAAUAGAUCAUGCCACUCGGGGUGGUUGGGAAGGCUCUGGAAGGCCUAGCACAGGGCCUGUUCCAGGAUUCCAAGCCUCUCCCAUCCCCUAAGACAUCCAUGCUCUGCUUUCCUCCUCUCAGAGUCUCUGCUGAGCUUGGGCCAGCUUCUCAUCCCACCAAGCGUCACACCCUCCUCCCCACCUCAUGUCACCACUGCACACUUUUCAAAGAUCUCUGAGCUCAGGUUAGGAAAAGAGAACAGGCUGCUUUCAGGAUGGCACUGCAUGGCCCAGCAACAGAGCAGCUUGUUCUGCUUCCCUAACCCGAGCUCUGCAGUAUUCCACCAUGUUCUUUGGGGCUGCAGAAUGCUGUACUAGGGAAGCAAAGCAAAGCACUCCAUUGCUGGGCCGCAUGGCACUAUCCUGAAAGUAGCCAUUAUUUUUCAAGCCACCACAAUUCAAUGUGGCUGCUUGGAAAAUGGCAGCCGUUUCUGGGGUCGCACCACAUAGCCCUGGAACAGAGAAGCCUGUCCUCCUUUCCUAGAGAUCUUUGAAAGGUGAGUGAGGAGGAGGAUAUAGGACCUGGUGGGAUGGGAAGCAGGCCAAAGGCCUGCAGGAAUCCAAGGAAAGGAACGGGGGUGGGAAACAAGCAGGGGGAUGCUACAAGAUCCCUGCGGUCAGCCCUAAGAGCAGAAGACUGAGGGCAUUGCAGGAGCCAUAACUUCGGCAGUCGGUUGUAAGUAGCUUUUGGGGGCUGUGCAGUAACUUUGAACAGUUGCUAAGCUAUGAGUCACAGGUCAAGGACUAUCUAAUGGAACAGCAGAAGUUUACAAAAAGAUGAGAAUGCUAUAAUAAAAGUGUAGCCUGGGACAAAUCUUUUAUUAUUGCUUUAUAUACUGAAAACUGUUGUGUUCUGUUUUAUUUUUGAGAGCCAGUCUGGUCUACAGAUAGUCCUUGACUUACAGCCAUUCAAUUAAUGACCAUUUGAAGUUACAACAACUCUAACAAAAUGACUUUAUGAUAGUUGCACUGUCCUGGGGUCACUGUUUGUAAUUUUCCCAGCUGGCAUCUGACAAGCAGUCAUUGGGAGAAGCUGGGUUCACUUAACAAUAUGUGACUCACUUAACAAGUGCAGUGAUUUGCUUAACAACUGUGGCAAAAAGAGUCAUAACAAGGGGCAAAACUCACUUAACAACUGUCUUGUUUAGCAGUGGAAAUUUUGGGCUCAGUUGUGGUCAUAAGUCAAAGACUACGUGUAGCGGUUAAGGCCUGAGUCUAGAAACCAGGAGACUGAGAUCCCUGGUUUUGCCUUAGACGUGAAGGUCAGCUGGAUGACUUUGGAGCAGUCAUUCUCAGUUGUUGUGGGGAAAAUGGAGGCAGGAGAAUUAGGUAUGUUUGCUGCCUUAAAUUUGUAUGUGCGAGGAGUGUAUAUAAAUCUUUAAAAAUAUAUUGGGAAAAAGACUUUUCUAGGAAAGGAACAAAAGUCAUUUCCUAAUGAACCUUUAGUUUUAAAAUAGUUAUCAUCUGAAUAUUCCAAAUAUUAACUGUAAUUCUAAUUGAAAAUACCCAAUAUGAACAAGGUGAGUUGAUCAACUGUAAUAAUUUACUGUUUGGCUACAAUUCUAGAAGGGAAUGCAAAACUUGAGAAGAACUGGACUAAAAUAUUACACUAUGAUUCAAAAGUCAUAGCUGCUUUAAUUAGACAUAUUGUCUGAUUAAUGUACUUUUUUGGAAUCCAAAGCUGCAAAAAUUAUAAAAACCUAACCAUAUUAUACAUUAAUGUAAUGAUCUCUAAAGUUCUGGAAAUGCAAGCACAGUCGGUAUUUUGCACUUUUGAUUCAUUUGUACUUUUUGUUACAGGAAAAUGUAGUUGCUUCUUAAUUGUAUACAUUUAUGUUAGAAAAUAAUAUGAUAGGCUUAUGUUGCUUUUGGGAGUGCAUAUAAAAUCAGUCUGAAACAAUCUGCUUUGGGAUGAAGCUUUCUCUAUUGAAAGUCAUGCUGUAUCAGUCCUAGUCUAGCACCUUAAUCUCUUACUGACUCUAUUGUGUAUGUUUGUCUGUAUUACGUUCUGGUAUACUCACUAUCCAUCCACCCCUGGCAAUUUCUAUUUUUACAAAGAAUAAACCCUAAAGCAGAUGAGGAACAGUCUUUGCUGUCCUAUUACAAGUAGAUACUUAGGUCCCACAAAAGAUUUAAAUUUGUUUUUAUCCCACCUUUAUUGUUUUUCUAAAUAACUGAAGGUGACAAACGUAACUACAGGUAAUCCUCAAGUUACGGAUGUUGCAUUUGUAACCAGGAUUCAUAGGAGUGAAUCACAUAACUUGAACUUUCGCUCACGCAUUCGCUAAUUGAAUAUGUGGAUCAUUAAGUGCAUGAGAUAUCUCAGGGUGGGGAAGACCAUGGGGUGGCCUAGUGCUUCCGGCCACCCAAGGUCUCCCCCAACUCUGUGAGAUACCUCAUGCUUCCCCCUCUCCCUCUCCCUCCCCGACCAGGUCACUUACCUUACAUAGAUCAAGAUGAUCAAGGGAGCUGUCUCCUCUCCAGCCUCUCUGCCUUCUAUUUUCCCCUCAACAAUCCUAUGAGGCAAGUUGGGCUGAGAAAAUGUGACUGGCCUAAAGAUACCUAGCUGGUUUUCACUCCCAGUUUCCUGGUUUCUGGUGCCUUAACCACUACAUCAAACUGGCUCCUAUGAAUCUGAAAUUCAAAGUUUCUGUCAGUAUUAUGAAAGCUCGGCUAUUUCAUAUAAUGAGCAGCUGGAUCUUAGCUAUUAUUCAAAAUGCAAUAUUUGAUAGCUGUAGUUAUUAUUCAAAACAGCCUGCUAGCAAGUAACAUUCAAAACGGCAUGUCCAGUGCAGUGUCAUUGUGCACUACAAAGCAAUUUUGUGCUUGCAAAGUAUUUUCUGAAAUGUAAAUACAUCAAACAUCAAUUUCUGCUUGUUUCAUGUCUUGAAGAGGGUAACAAUAAUUUAGAGUAUCCUUAUCCAUCCAAGCUCAAUGUAUUCUUUCCUCAAGUAUUUUAGAGAACAAAAUGAUAACUCCACAUCUCAUUCAGCUAUAACAUUUAUUGUAUUUGUAAACUAGUCAUAGAUGGGGAAUUUGUAGGUUUCUAGAUGCUACUGGAUUCCACUUCUUGUCAGACUUAGGUUUUAAGAAUAACUGGAGCUAUAAACCACUAAUAUCUAGAGACUUAAUAAUUUCUCAUCUCCUUAUUAAUAUAAUUAUAACAUACAACAAACAUGUACAGAGUAUUAAUAGAAUGGUGUAGAUGGCAGUAUGCACUGGGUGAGAGUUUUUUUAGUGUCAAAUAGAAUAUAUUAUCAUAAAAUAUAUGACUGUAUAAAACAGAAUGGUAAUGUUUUUUAAUGCAAGAUACUUGUUUUUCUUUAUGAAUAAAAUAGAUCUUUAUUAGU